GGAAAAAGCUAACAACCACUGAUCUCAGAACUAUUACCGGAUAUAUGGGAAGAAAAUUUGGUGUUUAAAUUCAGUUUCGGAAUCAAUAAAAGUAUCUUUUCUUACGAUACGUGAAAGGUUCAUCAAUACUAAACACUUUUAAUAAAUUCUAGAACUUUUUAAACAAUAAAUACCAAAUAACGUGUCUAACGUGACUUUGGUAACUUUGGUCGUUUAUGCAAAACAGAUAAACUAAAUUCAGUCAUAAUUUAUAGAUCAGUGGAUGAAGACCAGCCGGCCGAAACAUAACAAACGAAAUUACAAGAACUGUGGCAUUCAUUUGGAUUUCUGGCUAAUUUUUAAGGUAUUUUAUAGGUUUUUGUGUUAUAAUAAAGUAAUUUAUCCGUACUGCUAUCUCUUUUGUCCUGUUUUGAAGGUUUAGUUGCAAAAUCUAGCUGAAAUUUUGGAAGAUUUUCUGACAUUCCGUGUUCGCCAAUUCAGCUGAAUGUUGGUACAAUAUUUUCAUUCCAAGCUUCUAGCGUUGUCAAUGGCAUAGGCACGCGAUUAAUAAAAAUAAUCCAAUGAUUAACAACAUCAAAGGUUUAAUAGAAGGAGAGAGUGGGACGUAUAUGUUGAAAUGAACUCCAUGUAGUUUAUUUCAAAUAUAUAUAUAAUUUAAGAGAAAAAUGUUCCAAGCAGCGUGAUAUCAAAUUUGGAAAAUAAACAAAAAUCGACGGACAAUAUGUUUCUCAUGAUAUUAUACGUGAUAUUUGCCAAGGCAACUUGUGGGUAUCAACAUUUUUUAUAGUUUUAACAUUCACACAAAUAUUGCAUGGUAAUAUAUAAAUGUAGUAAUAUAUUUAGCAAUGUGUGUCAUGUGAUAGAUUUAGGCUUAAAUUUGUACAAAUAUCGGUAGUUAAGUCUCUGUCAUCACUCUUUUAAGGCUGCUCGAUACCCUUUUAAGUUAGCUCUAUAUAAUUCUCUAAAAUUUUAGGUAUUGUCAUGCCCAAAGGAAGUUAGGCAUGCUUUAUAUUUGCUGUGUUUGUUUGUUGGUCUUUUAGUUUGUCAGCCUGUAAAGGCCUGUUUACACCUGCAAUUUUUGCAGCGAUUUCUAGUGCGAUUUUCUCCGUCUGAUGCAUGUGAACGAGUACCCUGGAUUCCAGAGCCUUUGACAGUAAAUAAUAAAUGGAAACGUCGCGAAGGCUCUGGUUCAACGGGGAGAUUCUUUGAUUAAACCGUGCCAAUCUCAAAACAGAAUGAGUGGUUUUAGUACAGAAUCAGGGAGAUUCUUUGAUUAAACUGUGCCAAUCACAAAACAGAAUGAGUACUUUAACCACUCAUUCUGUUUUGUGAUUGGCACGGUUUAAUAAAAUAAUCUCCCCGUUGAACCAGAGCCUUCGCGACGUUUCAAUUUAUUAUUUACUGUCGAAGGCUCUGGAAUCCAGUGUGAACGAGUAAAUGAGUUAUGGAUGUUCGGAAUACAUGUACCCUCAUCUGAAUAUUCGUAACUUAUCCGCACGUUCACAUCCAUCAGAAGAAGAAAAUCGCACCUAAAAUUGCAAGUGUAAACAAGCCUUUAGACUGUUAGUGUGUUCGGAAUCAUAACCCUUGCUAUUUAUUCGAAAAUAGUAUAUGCUCGUGCUUGUGGUGCACUCGUUUUGCACAUGUUUCAUGGUACUGCACUGUAACCUUUCUUUGGCCGAAUUUUAUUGAAUACACUUAAGACAGGGCAAUAUAAUCAUAAUUUCUCACACACCGCUGGGAGCUGCUGCAGCGUGAGCUGCAAAUUAAAAUUAAAUAGCCUUUAUACGGAAAACAUUUUCCGCUUCUUUCGUGCCUCAGCCAGCGGAAAAUAACACUUCCAGGAAUGUUAAGAGGCUUGUGCUGUGAAUAUAUAUGGACAAAUAGGAACAGCAUUGGUGUUGCCAUGGCAACCAUGUCAAUUUAUCUUUUGCACUGUAUAUUGUCUAUUCUAUGGUCUGUGAAAGAAUUAAGAAUUUUUUAAUGAUUUGGCAUGCUCAGUCAAUUUAUUGAGCACGCAGUAAGUUGGGGAAGCUUGUGUGCAAUGUUUUGGGAAUGUGAAAAUACAAAAAGUGUCCCACUUCCGCUUCUGUAGUUUGUUGUGAUUUACUGUAAUUUGUUCUGUUUUUCUGUAGCGAUUACCAAUUUAUCGGCAAAUUCUGUGAUAAAUAAAACUUAGUUUUCUCUAUUUUUAAAUUUGAUAAUUUGUAUAGCAAAGGGAAAUAAUAUAUUUUCCAUCAGUUUCAUUGCAUAAAAGUACGAAAUUUAAAUUUUAUUGCGGUAUUUCCAGAUAAAUCGGUAAUCGCUACAGAAAAACAGAAGAAAUUACAGUAAAUCACAACAUACUACAAAAGUGGAAAUGGGACACUUUUUGUAUUUUCACUGUAAUCCAACCAGAAUGCAAGUCCCACUUUCCAAUCUUCCAGAGUUUAGCAAGGAGUUAAUUAAUUGUGCGAACAACCAAAAAACACUUGCAAUGUGUACAUGUUUGUCACUGUAUAUGUGGUCAGCAGUGGGCAUGCCAAUGUAGUGUGUGUGGGGUUGAAUAUUUGUGGUUGCGUGGAUGAUGCUAAUUUGGGAGCAGUUUUCUGUAGGGUGUGUGCGCACAUAACAUCAUGUAAAAAACUAAUUGUAAGAUAAGUAAACAUCAUGCAAACCUGGAAUUAUAUAAAUUAGCCUAUACUUCUACAAAAUUUAUUGUUCUUCACUCGGACUCUAUUGUGAGUAUGCUAGUCUAACAAGUUAGUGUGCUUGGCAUGUUACACCAAUACAGUUUGCAAGAAAUUUUUAAUUGGAUUAUUCAUAUCUGAGAGUUUUUCAAAAGUUCAUAUUGAAAGCGAACAUUUUGUCCUGUGACUUCUUCACAAAAUUGUAUGCCCUGACAAAUUGCACUAAUUAACACAGCACUAUAAAAUGCAAAAUAUAAAUUUUAUAUUUAAAGAAUCUAACUGUUACCUGCUGAUCAUGGUAAGAAGGAAGUAAUUCAUCAUGGAUUUAUUUUUUUAUGUGUAAGUUGUACAAAUAUUUUACAUCUUUUGGGGUAUGAUGCAUGCUGGACCGUUGUGUUCACACUGAUUGUCCCAAGUUGUCAACAAGUAUGGAACAGCUUGUCACCAGUUGUAACAACCUUGUUGAUAUUAUCAGACUUGUGGCAAGGUUGUUCCAACAAGUCCGAUACAGUCAUGAUAUAACAAUAUUGUUACAACCUUGUGUCGUCAACCUUGUAACAUUCUUGUUCAUCAUGACUGUAUCAGGCUUGUUAGAACAACCUUGUCACAAGUCAGAUAAUGCCAUCAAGCUUGUUGCAAGUUGUUAACAGCUUGUUCCAAACUUAAUUGUUACAACAGCUUGUGAACAGACAAUUUCAGGAGUUUCAAGGGCUACUAUACUGAAUAAUUGUAUUAUGUUUCUUGACCUUAAUUCUUGGAAUAUGUUGAUUAAUUAUUCUUUUGUUAAUAUUCUUUUAAGGGUGAUUGUAAUAAUUGUGAUUCUUAAAGUGAUAUUCUGGGUAUUUUACUUUUAUUCUCGAUAUAAACGCAAGGAAAUCCAAAGAUUAAUAACCCAAGUGCAAGGAGCUGUAAGUAUUUCACAUUUAAAAAUUGAAAAUAUCCAUGAUCCUGAAAUCUCAAAAAAUAACAGAUUAAUUUAAUGCAUCGUGACGUUAUGUACGUAUAUUAAAAAUAUGGAACUUAAGCACGCAACAUUUUGGUCAACACAGUCAUUAGAUUGCUGAGAUGUUUAUGUCAGUUUUAAAGUUUUUUACUUCCUUAAUAGACCUUUCCCCUUGUGAGUGAAAUUUUGAUCUAGAUAUGCCUGGAUAGAAAUUUCAUCACAGCUUGAAAGAGCAUCACAAAAUUAGUAAUAUUCCGAAGUUUCGUUGCGAAAUGUUGUAAAAUGCGGAUAAUAUAGCCUUGCGAAGUUUGCCGUUUUUCAGUCAUUUUGCAUUACAUUCUAACAUUUUGCAUCAGUUUGAUCAUCUGAUUAUCAAUUUCCCGUUUGUAAUACCAAAUGACUGAAAAACGGCAAACUUCGCAAGGCUAUAUAUUAUCCGCAUUUUACAACAUUUCGCAACGAAACUUCGGAAUAUUACUAAUUUUGUGAUGCUCUUUCAAGCUGUGAUGAAAUUUUUUUCCAGACUUGUCUCGAUCAAAAUUUCACUCAAAAGGGGAAAGGUCUAUUCCUUCAAUGAGCGCUAUGAUCAGUGCAAAUCAAUGCUGCCAAAAUUUCCAGGGACGUCUAUGGUGACAAAAACGUUGCCACCACAAUACCCAGGAUCAUGUUUCCUAAACACGUCGAAUAAUUCAAACCUGAGGUUGAGCAAUGACGAAAUAGAAUUCAAAUCUCUACAGUAAAUCUAAUCAGAUUACGUGCUUUCCUGUGGGACGUGCCGCGCACAUGACUUAUCUCUUACGCAAAAUUUGAUUUUGAAGGAAUGUCUGAAUAAGACUAAUAGUAAUAUCUUAAAAACGCUAAUGAGAAUUUGCACCAAAAAUCUCCUUUCUCAAGCAAAAGGUAAAUCCUCGUACAGAGAAGCAAGUUUCCUUUGACAAGUUUUACUUGUUCGUGUGUAUGGCGUAUACACGUCUCGUCUUGACACAGAAUAAGAAGAUAUAGCAGAAGUGUAACUUGAGUCGGUUCUUUUAUUGUUUUACGUCCACGAAAAUUUUAACUCGCUCACGCCAAUCCACGCCAUCCUGGCUAGUACAGUCGGAAGUUUUUAUCAGGUUUUGGUACGUACAAAGUGCCGGUUGUACUAGCCAGGAUGGCGUGAUUGAUGACGAAUCGCUUGUAAAAACGCGGACAAAUACUUGCUCGAGUUACACUUCUGCUGUACCUUCUUAUUCUGUGGUCUUGACAAGGAACCUUGUUCAACAGGUCAUGCCAGCUUUUCAACGAGGAAAUUUGUUCAAGUGUGCAGCCCUCAAGGAAAACGUGACAAGUAUUUGCGCAGUACUCACGUACGCCAUUAAAUCUCGUUUAUUUUGAAAUUCACUUUUGAGCGGUGUGGUGUCAUACACAGUUUCAUACACAGUCAUACAGCUGUUGUUCAUUUUGUUGGAAGGCUGUUUUGAACGAAAAAUUUGGAUAUAGCUUCAUGUCUCGCUGUUUAUGUUAGGGUAUAUAUAAGGAUUAUUAAGAAAGUUUCGGAUUGAUAGGGAUCGUACACCUGCCUGAAAAAUACAAAGAGAACGCUCAACCGAAAAUUACCAUAAAAUUGUUUACGUAAUUAAGGCCAAAUAAAAAAAAAUACUUGGUUAGCGUCACACUCUCACAAAUUUUCAGAGGCGGGCGGGCGGAUUUUUUUUUUAAUUUUUAAUUUUUUAAUAGUAUUUUUGGAGGGGAUGGGGGACGGUUUUUCCACUAUAUCGGUGAUAUUUUUUGUACUGAUGUUGCGAAGGCCGCCAUUUUGCUUUAAGAACCUUGUAUACCCAAGCCUACGCGCUCCUAUCGAUCAGUAUAUAGCGCGAAGGUCUGAGCAUGAGAAAAAUUUCAAAUAUUAAACUGUUUUAAGCUGUAAAACGAAGAGAUUUACAUAAAAAAAAUAAAAAAAAAUUCAGAGGCGGCAGAAAAUCGAGAGGCGGGCGGUGACGCUAACCAAGUAUUUUUUUUUAUUUGGCCUAAAUAGCGCGUGAUGACGACCAACGUUAUUUAUUAAACACACUAAUCUUUUCAACACACAGCUGAUUUGCAAAUGAGGUGUGCUAAUAUUACAAAACACAAAUUUAUAUACUAAAACUUUAUUUAAAUAUACUAUAUUAAUUAUGUCCAACAUGCAGUAACUUAUAAUACUAACUAAACAAUAUCAUUGACCAAGACAGCUAAUUUCUAAAAACAAUGCCAAAGGUCGAGGAAGAAAAGAUACCGAGGUUCUUAUCUCUUACGGUGUCUGAUGCCAUAUUUGGGCCCCGCUGUAACUUUUCAAGAAAAAAUCGUGCACAUGAGCAAGUAAGCUCGUCACCAAAUUUGUCAAGGAAAACUUUGUCGUUCUGUACGGGGCUUGCACAUGCAUGCAUGUGGAAAUAAUUCAAAUCUAAUCAGAUUAUGUGAUUUCCUGUGAGGCGUGCCCAUGCCAUACUAGGGGUGCGACUUAUCUCUCACGGAGUUACGAGUAUCUAAAUUAUUUUAUCCAGUACGUCAAUUUUAAAACAAGCAAAGCUAAGAGAGCGUCGUCCAAAUUCUUUUGAAAAUUUCAAAAUGAAAUAUUUAUGAAACUUAUCAAAGUUCCUUGUAAAAUAAAAUUAAAAAAAAAAACCGAAAAAUGAAAACAUCUUGAAAACAUGGACUAAAACAAGACGUAAAUUUAAAUGAUUAUCUGCAGAAUCAUCAUCAGAACGACUGUUGGUUCUUUCUCGAGGAAAAAGAAUAAGGCAAAUGAUUGAUGCAUCAACCUGCUUUAAGCUGACUAUAUAUAUAGUCAAUCGAGAUAUAUGGUUUAGAAACUCGACAUAUAAUCUUUCAAGCCUCUAUAAUGAGCAACGAUUUUAUGUUGAUACAGCUUCACCUUGCACAAAUAUUUUGAAAUUGCGCUUAUUAAUAUUUAAACAGCACAGAUGAGCGAUUUGACGAGAUGAUGCCAUUGGUUGAUUGCUUCAUUUUAUCACAAAUUAAUUGUCUUCACUAUGGACGGAUUUUGAAGGGGAUGCGUGCACCUCUUCUGAGAUCGUUUUGCACCUCCCCUGAGAUUGUUUUACUCCUGCUAUGAAAGGUCAUGCACAGUGCAUGCACCUGCCAUUGAGAAAGGUUGAAUGAUCGAUCAAAGUAAAAAUUUGACAAAUUGUUAUGUGUUGCUAAGGGUCCAUAUUUUGUAAGAAUUAUUUUCGGCAAAAUUCAAACAGUGAUAUAGCCAUUCAUCUCUGUGUCAAGUACCCUUUUAAUGCAAUGUUUCGAAAAGAAGUUUGUAGUAAUGUAAUGAACAUUCGGAUCUACAUGUUUGCAGAAAUUUUCAGUAAUUUUUUUAUGGAAAAGUUUCAUAAAAAAUAUCCAUUUUGCCUGUAGUAGGAAAUUUGUUUUUAAUCCUGUAAGACUGCAUAUGACUACUUCAGGAUUUAUCUUGUAUGCCUUAUCAACCUUAAAGAUAUAUUGUUUCACAUGAUAACACUUUAAGACAGUCACAAAGACAAUUUUUGUUAUUUUUCCCUACUUACUGUAAUCUUUUGCAGAAAGUUUUUUUAGCCAUAAAGCCAUGUUCUCGGAAAGAAAAAACGUUUUCCAUCUCUGAGUCGAAAUUCAUGAAUACUCUGAUACAUAUGUACAGUACUGCAUGCAUGCAUGCAUACGUUACGUAGUUGACGUUAGGCCGUGCGUUCUAACCCCUGACAUUCCGUAGCUAGACCGCUGCACAUCCCCUAAAGUCCACCUCCCACCUUCACCAUCCUGUCCAUGAACAAGUUUGCAUAAACAUGAACUUAGAAAGGAAUAUGCUGAAAUCGGUCGCAAUUGUUGCACAUGAUUGUUUGUAAAGUUUGAAGUUUUGUUUCAUUUUUCAUCAAGGAUUUAAAUAAUUGUCAAUAUGAAGAACAACCAGCCAUGCCACAGCCAGCAUUCAUGUUUAGUACAGAAGGUCGAGCUAGGGGUCCAUACCCCAUGAACCUCCCUGCAUAUGCCGAGGAAGACCCUGGUAAGAUAGAGUGCGCCCCGCCUCCCUAUGUCCCGACUGGGGAAGAGGUCCAUCCUAUUGUUUAUACAGAACAGUCAGAAGAGGCAAGCGACACACAACCACUUAUAGAUUCCAACCAAGAAGAAACUUAAUUCGAAGUUUUCAUUUCAUCUCAUGUACAAUAUACAGCAGAUAUUGCUGUGUUUAUAGAUUGAUAGAACACCGCAGUCAAACGUCAAGCGCAUGCGCGAGUCUACGAAAAUGGCGGGGGAAAUUCAAAUGUCUGCAAAAAUAAUAGUACGGGAAAAUCGUUUACUAUACGAAAAUGGGUGAAUGUAGAAGGUAGGAAAUUUCACCGCGCUUUCUUUGUAACAAGAAGUUAUACUGAGUUUACCUUCUCGUCAUUUUCUUUACACUUUUUUCUCCUCGUUCCGAGGGCUUCUCGGCUGGCUGACAACGCAGACAGCCUGGGAACGAGGAUGUAGCAGUGAACUCUAUGUAAACUGGAACAAUAACUCGGGGGGGGGGAUUGAAGCCAGUGCAUUUUAGUUUUUCCGAGUUUUGAGCAGCAAUACUUAACACUGAACAUUGUGCUGUUGCUGUACACAGUAUGAACCUGAAGCUAUGGGAAAAUUGUAUUUGGUGUAGAAAUUUCAAGACUUUAGCUAAAAGGGAAAUAUUUUAAAACUACAAAAAUAAUUGCCAUUUUUUGGCCGAAUGGCAGUUGUGUUUGUAUUUUUAAAACAUUUUUCUUUUCGCUGAAGUCUUGAAAUUUCCACACCGAAUAGCAAUUUCAAUAGCUUCAGUUUCAUAUAUAGCCCAACGUUUGGGAUCAAGUAUUUCAGCUCAAAACUCAGAAAAACUAUAUUGUCUUCAGCGAAUCGUUGGCUUUAUCAUAGGAGUUAUCGUUCCAGUUUCGUGAAGAGCUUCGUGAAGACAAUACUAUUUCCAGUCCUUCAAGCAGUCAAUUUGCGGACGUUUGAGCGUGGUGUUUAAAACAUAUAAAUACUGUAUAUUCAAGGGUGAAGUCCAUUCGAUAUGAAGCGGUUCACCUUUAUAUCAUAGAAUACAUCAUAUAUACAAUGAUUUACAUGGGAAAGUUUUAUCUUUCUUGAAAGAUAGGAUUUUUUUGUUUAGGGACGUUUUCAUAAGUUUUGCCGUGAAUUGAGGUGUAUUAACUAUUAGGGCGUGUCAUGCAUAUGAUGCAAAUUACAGAGACGCCUAGUGCAAUAGUCGAAUACUUUUGAUGUAUUGAAUGCAGUCAGUAUAUGCCACAAAUAGUAUAACCAUGAGUAUAACCAGCGAAUGACAACCGCCCGAUCGCGCACCUCGCGGGUGGCUGUUAUUCGCAGGUCACAAAUAUAGGCGAUGGUCAUAGUGACAUAAUGUUGUUGAUACCAUCUUUAUUGUGUACGGCAAACUCGCUUUUUAAAGUGGAUUCACGGUUGUUGUCUUUCUGUAUUAACCAGUGGCGGAAAUUUCGCAAAGGCUAGAAACAGUCAAAUUUUAGCGGAAAUUGUAGUUUUCUCAGAAGUUCAGGAGCCUUUGCCCCACCACCCAAAAAGGUGAAUUUCCGUCACUAAUAACAUUAAAGUUAACACACUUUUAGUACCCUAGUAAAGGCGGGUGUACGUUAUCAAAGUUUCUGUGAUCACAGUAGGAAUUUUGCAUAGGUCAACUCUGAGUUUUGAAGAAUUUGUAAGAAAUCUUUGAGGGAACUGACUCAGUGUUAAACAGCGAAAGAGUUCCCUCAAAGAUAGCUUUAGUUACAAAUUCUUUCAUAACGUAGAAUUUACCCAUGAUGCAAAAUUCCUACGAGUUUGAUAGUGUAAACUCAGGCUUAACGGUGACUUUGAUACAUCAAAAGUAUGACAAAGAUUGUAUUUUGUUUAUGCUAUAUUAACAUGCAUGAACGUAGUAACUGUUGUGUUUACUUUAUGCUUCAUCAGUGGGCAAGUAGAGAGGUUUGGAUUUGACUUCCACUACCUUCGUACGCAUCUGAUUGGUUAAUUGGAUAUAUUAAACGCAUCUGAUUGGUUAAUGAUCGCUUCAUGGUAGCGGUAGCCAAAUCUGAACCUCUCUAUUAUAGAACAGAGGCCGAUUAUUCAAAGUUGGAUUAUCGCUAACCGUGGGUUAAAUUUAACUCACUAUUUUGAUUGGAUCAAUAAAACUUUUAUUUUCUAAAGGCGCUAUAAGAGGAAAUGCUCCUCUUAUAGCGCCUUUAGAAAAUGAAAGUUUUAUUAUUGAUCCAGACAAGAUUUCGUGGAAAAAAUUUUCUAACUUUAUAAACCAGCUGUGGGGAAAUUUGCUUUGACGUUUUACGCUAACCAAUGGCAAUGAUUAAACCAACUUUGGAACAACCGACCCCAGGAAGAGUAUUGGUAAAUCCUUGAGAUGCCAGCUCGCGCUGCUCUGAAUUGAGUAUUUUCUGUUUUAAGACCACACAGCCCCUGAGAUAAGCAUUGUAUACCGACAUCUAAUAUAUCAAAUGUAGUGGAAACGAGUAAUUUAUAUACCUUACUUUUCUAACUUCUUCUCAGCUAGUAUUUGAGGUGCUUGAAAUGAAAGCUUCACACUUAAGUAGUUUUUGGGCAAAAGAACUCUUAAUCGUAACUCUUUAAAACCUUAAGUAACCAAUUUGUAUAAAGACUUUGAUAUAGUAUAAUAGUGUAGGAAAUAACAACCACGAUUUCUUGACGUAUAUAUAAUCUGUGCAAUAAAACCUUUUUCUAAUUGCAAACAAUUAGAAUACCACAAUGCUUCUUAAUUCUAAUUUAUACAGUCGAACAUCCGUGCAGUCAAA